AUGAGUACUGGUUGGAAUUUUAAUUUUAAUCAAAAGAAGUAUACUGAAAAAAAAAAAAAAAAAAAGUUGAAAUACAUUAAAUUAUUUAAUAAAAAAAAUAUAAAAAAUUUCAAAAAAAAAAAUGAGCUACUAGUUAAGAAGAGCUUAAAUUGUGGUCCAGCUGGGAGAAAUGCUUUAAUUAGAUGGAUAGAAUAUAACUAUAAAUUGAAAAAUGAUGAAGAGAAUAGAUACCCAGCCGUAAAUGCCUGUAAGGUUUGGCAAAAAACUCAAUCAUUCCAAGAUAUUGUUUUGUCUGGUUUAGUUGAUUUUUUAAAAUUUUUAAAUGUUCCUAAGCACAUUACAUACAAAAAUGUUUUUGAUAAUUAUUUGACUCCCAAGUUUAUAAAUAAAAUUAAUUCUAUAGAUAAAUCACAAAAAUGUUUAAUUGAGCUUGCUAAAAAGAUGAUAUUAAUGUUUCAAGUACGUGAAAUACAACCACUUUUUUCUAUAUUGUUAGAAAAAAUAGAUAUUAUUCCAUUAUGUAUUUUAAAUAUAUUAGUUGAAAAAACACCUGCUGCUAAAUAUUUUUAUGAAAUAACCUCAGUAAAGGUUAAAAGAAAAAUAUGGACAUUAUGCCCUGAUAAAUUUUGUGAAGAAGUUGAACAUAUCAUUGAAGAAAUAGUUUUACGAAUGAAAAUAAAAAAUAGUUAUGAUAUCAUAAAUAAUUUAAUAAAUAAAAUAAUAGAGUUAAUAGGAGAAGAGAAGGAAAAAAGAUUUUUAUAUAAUUUAUGCGUACAUAUUAUACGACUUAAAUGUUUAGAAUCUAUUUUAAAUGAAAAAGAAAAUGCUUCCCAUUCUUCAUAUUCUAAUACAAAAUGUAAUAAAAAAAAUAAAAAGAAUAACAGUGAUAAUAUAUCAUCAAUUAAAAUUAAUGAAGAUAAUAUAGUAAGCGAAAGUAAAGAAUCCAAUGAAAAUAAUAAAGAAAAUGAAUGUAAUGAAAUUAACAUAAAUAAUAAAAUAUACGAAAGCAUUUGCAAGAACUUAAAUUCUAAUUCUCUCCAAAUAUCUAAUGAUUUCGAAAAUAAACUGAAAAAAUUGCAAAUUUGUUUUGAUAAAAUUAUGAAUAAAAGAGAAAAUUCACAAAAUAAUGAAGUGAAUUAUAAAAGUGAAUUCAAAUUAUAUUACAUAGAACUCCAUGAAUAUAACCAUAAUAAUACCUCAUUUCAAUUUUUAAAGAAAAGAAAAAAAGAAGAAAAAAAUUAUAUAUAUGAUAUGAAAAAGGAAAAAAUCAAAUUAAGUAAUGAUGAAAAAAAAGAAGGAAGGACUUUUAGGAAUAAUAAUAAUAAUUAUUGCGAAGAAAAAAGUACUUUUAAAAGAUGUUUAAUAAUAAAUGAAGAGGAAAAAAAAGCGAAAAAAAUUAAAAUAAAUUUAAAUGCUUUAAAUGAGCAGAAUAACAUGGAAAAUGUUUCCGUAAAACUAGACAAACAAAUUAAUGAAGUCAACGACAAAAGUUUAUGUAAAAAAAUGAAUAAUAAUAGUUACAAUAAAAAUAAUAAGGAUAACGUUGAGAACACUAAAAUAAAAGAAAACAUUGAAAUGAGUAAAGAAAUUUAUAUCGAAAAAAAUAAAUAUAAAAUUAAUAUGAAUGAAUACUGUGAAAGCAGAACAUUAUUACCUUUUGAUAAUAUGUUUUAUAGUAACUUAAGAUUAAUGCUAUGCUUACAAUACAAAGAAAAAUACAAUAUAAAUGAUGAAGAAAUGUUAAGUAUAGAUAAAUAUUUUUACAUUAUUGAAUUUAUUAAUAAUAUUAUAAAAGAUGGAAUUCUAAGUUUUGGUGAUGAAAUUAAAAUACAAGAAAUAAUUAAUAAAACUCAAAAAUAUCUUAAAAUAAAGAAUAUUGACGAUUUAUAUGAAUAUUCCUUACUAUUUAAUAACAUAUUAUUAAAGUUUUCAAUUAUUGAAGGCAUAUGUUUUUAUUUUUAUAAAAAUAAUUUUAAUAUUUUAACAUUCAAAAAUAAUAUUAAAUUUUGGAUUUCUCUUUUCUAUUUUGGUAUUUAUAACAAUUUUUUUUCCUUAAUUAAAUAUGCUGUGGAUAAAAUUGAGUACGAAGAAAAAAAAAAAAAAUCAGUAAAAAUAAAUAAACGAAAAAAUGCAUUUUAUUCCGAGGAUACAUUAAAAUUGCAAGAAAGAAUGAGGCAAAAAAACGAAAGUUUUAAAAAACACAAAGAAACAACAGAUGAAAAUGGAGAUGAAAAUGAAGAUGAAAAUGAAGAUGAAAAUGAAGAUGAAAAUGAAGAUGAAAAUGAAGAUGAAAAUGAAGAUGAAAAUGGAGGUGAAAAUGAAAAAAAUUAUGAUUUAUGCGAAGAGUAUGAAAAUAAGGAUAAUGAUAAAGAAAUUAAGGGUAGUGAUGAAGAAAAUGAAGAUACAAAUGAUGAAGAUAAAGAUGAUAGCCUUUCUUAUGAUAGCUGCAAUAAAAAAAAGAAAAAUGAAGAUAUUAUUGAAAACGGUAGUGAAGAUUAUAGUAAAGUAAAUGAAUAUGAAUGGAAUAUAUAUGAAGAUAAGGAAAGCAUAGCCUAUGAAAAUGAAGAGGAAAAUGAACAAAAUCUUGAACAAAAGUGUUUUCAACAAGAAAAAUAUGAAAAUAAAAAAGAAUAUACGGAAAAGGAAUGUAAAAAUUAUAACGAAGAGAAGAACAAAGAGUUCAGUACUUUAAAAUCAUUUACUUUAAAUAAUACUAACAGAAAUAUUCCUUUACAAAAAAAAGAAAAAAAAAAGAUAGAAUCAAAUUUAAAAAUGGAAAGAGGUUUCUUGAAAAAUUCGAAUGAAACUAAGAAAGGAUUUUUUGAAAAUAUAUAUAUGAAGAGGGAAGUAAAGAGUAGUAAUUUAAAGUUAUUUUUUAAUAUUUGCAAGGAAAGUUAUUUAAAAAUACCUUUAAUGAAUGUUCUAAAUUAUAUAGUAAUUCCAAAUAAUAUAGAAAAUAAUUUUAUUUCUUUUUUUGAUUUUUUUGAUGAAGACAAUAUUGAUAAAUUAAAUAAAACUAAAGAAAAAAAUAGUAUUUUAUUAUUAUCUACAUUAUUAAAUAUACCACAACUAGAUUAUAUAAAAAUUAAAAACUUUUUUUCAAUUAUUGAUGAAUUCUUUUAUCUCGAAAAAAAAAAUUUUAUAUUUGCACAAAGUAAUAAUAAUAUUAGAGAAUAUUCUUUUCAUCAGCAUAUAAGUGGGACAAAAAGUGUGCAAGAAAAUAAAAUAAAUUUAAAGAACAAAACUUUUAAAAAUAGUGGCAAAUGCAGCAAUAUUAAAAUGGAGGUAAGAGAUUUAAUAAAUAAUAAUAAUUUUAAUAUGAAUAAAAAUGAUAUUAUGAGGGAAAUUAAUAAUUAUUAUUCAAAGAAUGAUGAAAAUAUAGUAAAUUUUGAUAAAGAAAAAAAAUUGAAUGAUUAUAAUGAAAUACACCAAAUUUAUGAUAGUGAUAUUCAUGCAAUAAAAGAAAAAAGCAUGUUUAAUCAAAUCGGAAGAAAACUAAUAGACUACAUUAAUGAUAUGAAUAGUACUAUUAGUGAUAAUCAAUUUUUGAUAAAUAAUAAUAUAGCAUCAAUAUUUAUAUAUUUAAAAGAUGCUAAUACUAAAUAUGAGGACAAUAUAAAUGUUCCAUUAAAAUGUAAAUAUGAUAAAUUAGAAAAGGAUACAACAAAAAAUAAAAAUUAUUCAAUAAACUUUUUUUAUGAAAUUUCAGAUGAAUUACUUAAGAAGUUAAAUUACAAAGGAAAAAUUAAAAAGUAUUUGCCAUAUAUUUUAAAAAUUUGUUUUAUUUUUUUGAAUUUUUUUAAAGAAAAAAAACUAAUAAAUAUAUAUAUAAAAUAUCUGAAUUUAUAUGGGUACCUAUAUCAUAUGAUAUUAAAUAGAAUAUUAUACAUUAGUACUGUGAAAAGUAUUCCAGUUUUACAAAAUAUUAUAUUAAAGGAAUUACAUUUCUAUUUUGAAGAUUUCAAAAAUAUGAAAGAGAAGAAUUUAUGGAAAUUUUUUUUGUAUGCUCAUACAUUGAUUGAUAUUAAUCAAACAAAAUCUAAUUCUUUAAGUAAAUUAUUUCAUAAUAAUGCUAUUGAUUAUUUUAUAAAGCUCUUUUAUUAUUUAUCCUUUUACAAUCCAACAUUUUCUAUUAUUUUUCUAAAGCUAAUAGAGACACCAUUAUUUUUUAAGCAUAUUGAAAAUAAAAAGGCAGAAAUAUUACAGAAUUUAUGGAUAGGAACACAUGAAAGAUAUUUUUUUCAUUUUCCUAAAAAUAAAAGAUAUUCUAAUGAGUAUAAAAUUUGGAUAGAUUCAUACAAUAAAUUUUCUGAAAAAUAUAUUUAG